AUGAGAAGGGAGUGCGCCGCCGCUGCCGCCGCCCGGUCCUUCUCUUCCUCUGGGAGUUUGGAGCUGCACGCGGAGGCAGGCGGCGGCGGGGAGGGCGGAGCCUGCAAGCGCGAGCGCGUCGUGUCUUCCGUGGAGGAAAGGUUCUCGUCGCAGGCGUCGCCGUCGUCCCUCGGUCUGCGGCAGUCUCAUCUGCCUCCCGCCGUCCUCGCUCGAGCGUCGAGGCCAGCGCCUCGCCCGACCGGCCCUCCGGCGCUCCCCGGUCGCCCCGCGAGGAGUCCGCUCGCCGCCUCGACGUCGCGGAUGUCUUCGGGGCCACCCUCCUCUCCGUCCUCCGGCUCUCUGUCCGCGUCCGUGGCUAGGAAUCUCUCAGAGGAUGCGGCUCCGCGCUCGUCGGCGUCGCGCGUGCCUCCUCUUGAGGCGCUUCCGGUGCCAGUUCUGCCUGAGCACGCCUGCGUGACUUCUCUCGUCUACUGCGCGACUCGCAGCGACCACGUUGUGGGGUUGUGCGACUCCACGAAAGUCGCUCUGCAGCGGGGACACGCUAUCCUCGCGCCGACGUUCCCAGGCCCCCCCGCCGUGGGCAGCGACGACGGAGAGCCGGGUCUCUUCAACCCCGAGACAGCCGCGCACAGGCGACGCGGCAGGCCGCCGAAGAGGCGGAAGCUGAGACGCGCAGCCACGGCCGCGCCUCACCUCGUCGCGGACGACGCCCUCGCCGCCAAACACGUCAACUCAGCAGACGCCGCGCCCGGUGACCCCCCCGUCCACCCCGCAGGUCCCCCUUCUCCCGCCUCCGUCUGGGCCUCGUGCCCAGUCGCUCCGCGCGGUCUGCUAUCGACUUCCUGCGUUCCUCCGCCUCCAAGACUCGUCACGUGGGGCCUGGUUGAGCGAGCCGACAUUCACUGGAUCUCGUUGGGCGACGCGCAGCGAUUCUACGCGCGCGCUCUCCUCGACUUCCUCCUCAGUCAGCUGCACUACGACGCAAACAGCGGGCCUGCGAACGCCCUACCCCGGAGAAAGGGACCUCAGGGGGGAGCGCCUGCCGCCUCCGCGUCCUCUUCUCCGUCGACAUUGUCGGCUGAGUCCUCUCUCGCGUCUGUCGCAGCCUCGCCGGGCGCAGAGAGGCAGGGUCGCUCGCAGGCUGUCUCCCCCGCGUCGGUAGCAUCGCCGCCUGCUCCCUCCGAGCCUGCAUCUGCGGCUGCUCCCCCCCGCUCUUACUCGCCUCCGCUCUCUUGUUCUUCCCCUCUUGCGACGUCGUCUCCUUCCCUGUGGCGUCCCCAGCAGGCGGGAUCGCCUCCUGAGCUCGCGGCGAGUGCCAGCGCGUCUGCUGAGCUGCUCAAAGAAGCAGAGGCACUGCCUGCGGCGGCGGGAAGUGCCCAGCCAGUCGCAGAGAGCCCAGGGUCCCCGCAGACUCGGAGGCCGGAAUGGCGGACGCUGAGGAGCUCCAACGAGCCUUUUCGCCUUUCGACGGAAGCUCGCGACACGAGCUGA